AUGACUAGCAGCACACCCGAUGAAGCGAGUGAUACACUCGAUCUACAGGAAGAGGAUCCCGAAAAGCAGCCCGAGACUUCUGUCCCCGUGCACGAUGUGCCCCAACAAGCAAGGAACGAUCUGGUUGAAUUUGAAGGCGCAGAUGAUCCAGAGAAUCCCAGAAACUGGCCGGCCAGGAAGAAGUGGGCCAUCACAGCGUCGAUGGGAGGAAUGACAUUUGUCGUCACCUUUUCCAGCUCAGUCUAUGCUGUUGCCAUAUCUCCAGUGGCCAAGGAGUAUGGCAUUUCUGAGGUCGUGUCGACCCUUGGGGUUUCCCUUUUCCUGCUUGGCUUUGUGUUUGGCCCGAUUCUUUUUGGACCAGCCUCCGAGGUGUUCGGACGAAGAGUGCCUCUCUUUGUCGGAUAUCUGACUUUUGCUAUCUUUCAAAUACCGGUGGCCGUCGCUCAGAAUGUGGAGACUAUCAUGCUGGCCCGGUUCCUUGGUGGCUUUGCUGCAUCCUCUCCCCUUGCCGUGGUGGGAGGUGCAUUGGCAGAUAUCUGGGGCCCCAUUGAGAGAGCAUACGCUGUGUGCGUUUUUGCUGCCUCGGCCUUCUGUGGGCCUGUCGCAGGUCCAAUUAUUGGUGGUUUCAUCACACAGUCAUAUCUUGGAUGGAGGUGGACUGCCUGGAUCACCCUUAUCAUGGCCGCAGCAUUCGGCUCCCUUGGACUCCUGCUCAUACCAGAAACAUCUGCAGCAAGGAUUCUCCAGCUGAAGGCCAAGCGAUUGCGGCACGAAACGAAGAACUGGGCACUCCAUGCGAAAGCGGAUGAAAGCCGUAUAACUGUAAAUACACUCAUCACAGUCUAUCUUGUCCGACCGUUCGUUAUGAUAACGCAGGAACCGAUUCUUGCCUUGAUGACAGCUUAUAUGAGUUUCAUUUAUGGUGUUCUUUACUUGUUGUUCGUUGCAUUCCCUAUCUCCUUCCAGGAAGAGCGAGGGUGGAACCCGGGUGUGGGCUCGCUCCCAUUUACAGCUUUCAUCGUUGGAAUAAUCAUGGGGACAGGCCUGAUCGCCUAUUCUACGCGCACAACCUUCACAAGGUCAUUCGAGAAACAUGGAAAAGUCAUUCCCGAGGCACGCCUACCACCUAUGAUUGUGGGUGCCGUUGUCUUACCUAUAGGUCUCUUUUGGUUUGCCUGGACUUCUGACCCCCGAAUCAUCUGGAUCCCACAGGUCUUCGCAACAGCAUUCCUUGGCAUGGGUAGCCUUGUGACUUUUUGGCAAGGAACGAAUUAUAUCAUCGACUGUUAUGCAUUCUACUCCAAUAGUGCAAUUGCGAUCAACACGUUCAUACGAUCUAUCGCUGCGGCGGGAUUCCCCUUGUUCGCCAAAUCAAUGUACCACAAGCUAGGUGUGGCUUGGGCGACUUCAAUCUUAGCGUUUUUGUGCGUGGCUUUUCUCCCCGUGCCGAUCCUCUUCUACAAGUACGGAGCACAGAUUCGAGAGAAAUCCAGAUUCAACCCCGAGUCAUAA